CAUAUUAUUGUUUUUGUUUCAAAGCUUCGUCGUCCGUCGAAAAUUUGUGGCUUUUAGCUUUUUAUCUUUUUAUCUCUAUUAUCUGAAACAGUCAUGCCCAAAAUGAUUCUUCUUUAUUUCGAAUAAUACUUGCGGUUAGCAUCAUUUCGCGUCCUGUGUAUUCAGUUGAUGAAGAAAGUGCCCCUGAAGCCUCCUGAAGGUGUUGUUUGCUGUUCCUGUGGAUGCUUUGCAUGAAACGAAGUCCUAGUUACCAUCAAAUUAAGUGAAGUACUUCUCUUUUGCAUAUCUCUCAGGGCCUGGCGUGGCGUUUGAUUAUAUUUGGACAGGUCUUGCUUGCAGUGGCACAACUGCAAACAGCCCAAUUAACAGCUGUCACGUUACUGCAUUUCUGACCUCCGAGUAUUAGAGACCGGCAAGAAAAGAUGUCUCAAAGUUCUCCAAGGAAUACUGCCUAUGUUGAUUUGAUGCAAACGGGUGAUUAUGACAGAUUUCGAGAACUAUUAAAAAAGCGUCUAGUAGAAUGUGGCUGGUGCGACCAAAUUCAAGUGAUAUGUAGAGAAAUCGCAAGGGAAAAAGGCCCAGGAAUCACUGCUCAACAACUAAUGGACGAAGUUGCAGUCAAAGGAAGAGCCCUUGUGCCGAAUUCAGUGAAACGAGAACUUUUACAGAAAGUUAAAGAACAUCUUCUCAAAGAAGCUGGAUACUAUGAUAAUGAAUUAAAAAAGAAAACAGAAACUGCAGCGGAUGAAAGCAUGUCUUAAAGAAACAAACAUUUUGUGAGAUGCUCAGGGGUUCAGUAAUAAAACAUCCCUCGCCUAUCAUUUGACUCAGCUGUCUGUAGAAUGGCUUUUAAUAAGUUGAUGAACUUUUGUAGCAUUUUUAUUAAUUUCUGUGAUCUUAGUCAGUGUAUUUAUUUUUAUUUAACUCAAUUACAUAAUUUAUUAUUAAUUUUUUAAGUAAUAACACAAUAGAAUAAAUUUUUGUUAAAGCAAAAAAGUAAACCCCAUUUAUUUCUACUUUUUUUUAAUUCAAAUGAAUUUUUUAUGGGGUUAUGUCAGGUUAAGAGUUGUGAGAAUUCAAAUCCAUUCAAGUCAUCGUCAAUGGAAGUAUCUAAGUGUAGUGCACCUUUAUCAGGAAAUGGAAGAUUUCUUAAAGUCUAAUACUAGUCGAUUUUAUUGACGGAGGUUUUGUCAUGUUCUUGAAUUCUCUUUAAAAAAAUUGCCUACGAAGGAUGGCAAAUUUGUAAAGAUUGGAUAAAAAAAAAUCAGAUAGCUCUAGAUGCUGUAACCUUUGUGAGCGGCACAUUACUCCUUUGAAAAAACUGCAGUUUGGUCAUUUAAGCAAGAUAUUAUAUUUCAGAUUCUCAGUAUAGACAUUUUGUGUGUAGGUAAAACUGAAAUCAUAAAUCUGCUUUAUAAAUGAUGUGCAUUCUGUGAAACGUCUCUUUUCUCUAAAUACCCACGAGGUUUUCAGUCUCUUCAAUUGUUUGUCCUCAUGAAUGCCAGUGCAGUUAUUUCACAUAUGUCUCAAAGGAGCUCUCAAAGAUGCCCUAUUUCAUCCUAUAUCUGUUCAUCAUUUCUUUUUUAGCUUGACUAAAUCUUCCCUACUUUAUUUUCUUGCAGAUGCUCCAAAUAAUUUUUGAUCAAUUGAGGCUAGUUAUUAAAGGUUCAAUCGAAAGUAUUUAUGGUAGUUUUUGCAGGAAAACAAAAAAAGCGCAUGGGAAACUAUUUAUUCCAAUCCUAGGAAAAUAUGAAAUCUGUGAAAUACUCAAUGAGCUGUUUUGGAGAAAACCCUCCGCUGAAUGAAAAGAAAUAAAACUAAGUUUUGCGGAAUAUGCGAUUAUGAUUGAUUGCUGGUCGCCGUGUCAGAAAUCAAGUCUGUAUGAUUUCUUUCAUGUUCAACAAAUUUGCAAUAUCGAGAGCGGUCGAUCAACUUUCUUGUGUUUGAGGUUUCUUCCCAUCUUUUCUAAAUUCUUUAUUUUGAAAUCAUCCAAAGAAUUGCUUGUUAUUCACAGAGAUCAUUACUGUCGCAGGUUUUGCAGAGCGCAAGGCUACUAAUAGACCAUGCAUCUGUAACGUGUGUGGUCUCAGUUACAAAACUCCAGCUACUCUGUAUCAUCACCAAUUUGUUCACACAGGCGAAGCAUCAUGUUAUCUCUGCGGCAAAAAGCAGUCCACCAAAACGAACUAUCGAAGACACCUAAGUCUGGUUCAUAACCUUAAUUUAUAUCUUAAGUAGUUAACUCCCGAGGCUGUACUGCAUACCUCUUUUCUAAAUCUGAAGUAAUAUUAUAAAUUUGUCAAUUUAUAUUUAAAAUAAAAAUGGUUUCAAAUUCAUUUAUAUUGUUACGUUAGUUACUAUUCAUUUUAAAUAUUUUGAUACUUACUUCGUGUAAAAUAGAACCAGAAAAGACUCUGUAAACAUGGAAGUUGAGUGAAAACAGUGUAAGCGGCUACCUACUUGAAAAAUAUCGGUAUGUCUCCUUCUAUGGUAUAAUUUUUCCGGUGUGUCCCUUCAAUGUAAUUAGAUUAUGAGAUGCGAUCAGUCAAUUAUCACUAAGAACAUGAUUUCUUUCAGAUCAAAUAAUUCUCCAUGUAGAACGAAUGUUUCUCAGUAUUCUUCUCAUAGAAACACAAGGAAGAUUAAAGUGCAUUCCAAUCAUAAAUGAGUUCACUUCGUUCAUUCUACUCUGAAACCUCUCUAAUGACAGAUAACACUGUCUUUGACAUUCAUGUUUAAUUGAAGUCAAAGUUGUUUUUUUCCUUCAGAUGUUUGUCAAAAGUCUCAUGAAAAGAUCAAGAAUCCUCUCCUCUUUACAGCUGUUUUUCUUUUGAAAAUUUCCGCACUUUGUGAUUCCAUUCGAGCAAUCCAGAAUAGAUGUAAGUUAGUAGUUUUGGUUUUCUACUCUCCCCACCAUUUCUCAUCUCCUGUUUCCUGCGGCUGUGUGAAUUUCUUCUAAUUUUACAUUUGCGUUUACUUGUUUGAACUCUGAAAGUUACACAAGAAUCAACAUUUUUAAUUGCAUUGGAUCUGUCUUCAUUUUUGAACCUGUUUUCUCUUGUCCAUGAUUGAUCAUGAAAUAAUUAAUCGUCUUGUUUUUUUCCCAGGAGUUAAACGUUAUGUGCCGUCAAGCAAGUUGUUUUGCCCCAUCUGUCUUCUCCAGUACAAGCAUGAAAAAGACAUACGUGAUCACAUGAAAUUUCAUGAAGGGAAAACUUACUGCAACAUUUGCAAGAAGGCUUACUCUACUGGUUCAAAUUACAAACAGCAUCUGGUACUGAAACAUGGAGUCCGGUAAUAAUGUGUGACUGUUGGUAGAAAUUGCUCUUGCGUUCUCUCACAAUAGUGCAUUUAUCUAAGUAAGUAUUCUCUAAAUUUAGAUAGCAGGGCAUCUAUAUUUAGCUGACGGUUAUCACAAGUAACAUCCAUACAAAUCUAUCUGUCUAAUUAUAUCUGUAAGCUUUAAUAUCUAUUUCUACUUUUUUCAUUUCAUGUAGUCUUCCAUGAAAAGCAAGUGCUCCAAAAUUAGUUCCAAAACAUCAGACAGUACGUUGCAAAACUACAUAAAAGUAAGAACUAAUCAGUCCAAUCUCAUAGGUAUGUCUCCUUUUUUGUUACCCUUUGUUAAAGAAGAAAAAUUCAGAAAAUGCACUCAUGCUGUGAUAAAUGCGCAGACUACAAAAAACUGUCCUUUUUACUUGCCGACACCCUUUCUUUCAAAUCUUUCUUUUUUUUCAUGGAGUGUGAUUAAAAUUCAAUGACCAUUGUUUCCAUUCAUGUGAGAAUCUUCUGCCAAUUGACCAGCCGCAUGUCCUUGCAAUGCAUGAUAUAUUUUAACAUCGAAGGUCGUUGUAAACUCUCUUAAAUGUUAUGGCAUUCACCCUCCUCAGUUAACGAUGCCUCUCCUGCUUGCUAUGUUUUACUAUAAUAAAAGUGUCUCCUAGCCCUAUUUUUUUUGGGGGACUCAUGUUUUAGCAUCUUGCACCUCUCAAGGGGGUUCUUUAUUUGAUGUCUCACAGAUUUAUCCUUGAAGAAACCAUUCCAGUGUAAAAUUUGUGGAGCUCGCUACAGAAACCCCAAUUCUCUGAGCCGUCACAAAGCCGUACAUACUGGAGAACUUUUCUGUUCUUACUGCAACAAAAUGCAGUCGACAAGACAAAACUACUUGCGGCAUUUAUUGAUGGUUCAUGGAGUCUCAGCCAAGCAAAGAACCAAUAGAUCUCUGAUUUAAUAAAUAUGAACGGCAGAAUUACAAUAGUGUAUAGUACUUAUGACACGUUUGUUAGAGAUCAUAAUCGAACUCAAUUUUUUUAAGUUUAUAAUAUCAAAACACUGUAAUAGCUCAAAGUUUUUCAAAUGACUCAUACAUAAUGUUUUGUAAAAUUUUUAGAAGAAAAAACCACUUUCUGAAUACUUACUCUUGUCAUGAGAGAAAUAUGUUAUGCUGAUUUUUUUAACCCAAAUGUUUAAUGUAUUCUUGAAUCAAAAAGAAUGUUUUUAUUAUUCCAUAAUUCUUUUGAAAAAGUAUUCAUAAAAAGAUUUUAAUUAAAAUUGUACAGGAUCAGUCAAAAUUGGCGAUUUUUGCCUAAGCUCAGAUCUGCCUCAAAUUUUCAUCUGCUGUUAAUCCCUCGUCAAUGACAAGCCUUUUUCUGAAGAUCCGUCUUAAUUUUUUUGUGGUAUAAUUAUAAAUAUUCUAGAAUAUGUUACUCAAAAUUUUGACCUCUUUAUUUUUUGCUAUUUUUUUAAAUAAAAAAACGAAUGAUGUAUUUAUUGUUAUUAAUUUUUUGUAAUUAACUUGAAACUCCCCAUUGUCUCCUGUGUGAGGGUAAACACCAAUAAUCACUGAGAGUCUUCUUUUUGCUAUGAAAAAUUUCUCGGGUGCACUUCUUCCUCAACCACAUCCAUAAUAAAUAUUCAUAAUGUUAAAAUAACUAUACAAAAGUAGACUGAAAGAAUUAUUAAACUGUUUGCUCUGUUGAAGAUGUUAGUGUGGGAGGAGGCUAAGGAGUGAAUUUCAAGACACCUAUUCAUCCUUGAAAAGAUGGACCUAAUGUAGCCUCCUUCUCUCUCAAAAAUCUUUAAAUUUUUCACAACAAAAUUUUGUAAAUACUUUGUUUAAUAUCUACCUCCUUUGUCACAACAGGAAUUUUAUACCUAAUGUAAACAUGUCAACUCAAAAGUUAAACAAACUUGUUAUUUAGCGCUCCUCUUGUCCUCAGUUCUUUUUUCAAAAAUGAUUGUAACAUGCCACUUUUAAUAGUGGCUAAUCUUUUUUUUUUUUCAAUAUGUCUAGAACUGAGAAUGCCGGAACUUAGGUACCGGUAACUAAUUUCUGUUCUCUCAAUAGUUUGCUUGCUUCCGUUUAAUGUGUAUGACUUCACUCACAUGUUUAACUCUGUCCUGUUUUAGACCCUCUGCAGUUACCAGAUGGCAAACCUUUCCAGUGCUCCAUCUGCGGGCUACGUUACAAGCACCAAGUUUCGUUAAGCCAGCAUAAAAUAAUGCAUACUGGAGAACUAUUUUGUUCCUUCUGUAAUAAAAUGCAGUCAACACGGCGCAACUACAAACGACAUCUAUUAAUGGUACAUGGUGUCAACUCUUAAUAUGUUGGACGUCUUUCAAGGUGAUUCUGUACAGUACUUUUGAAGUUCCUUAGAAACUUUUGGAGACUUCUCCAUCCUGAAGUCUUGAUUUUUAAGCUGUUAUGUUAGUAGUUUAUUAUCUUCAAAAAUUAUCUGGUAUUUGUUACGCCUUAUGGCCAAGAUAUGAUUAUGUGUCCUACUUAUUUAAGGAACACGUUUUUCUAAUAGAACUCGAUUCCUUAUCAAUACUUGGAGGAGGCUCAGGGGCUGAGCUUCAAGAUAUCUUCUUCCAUUUUCUCUCAAAGAUUUUAGGAAGUUAUGGUGUACUGGGGAAAAUCUAGCGUCCUCAUACAGCAUAGUGCUCUGUCUCAAGUUUUCUUUGUUUAUUUGUUUAGACUUUACUUAGACAGUAGCUUUUAAUUUAACUUGGUGUUAACAGUUGCAUCUUUUUUUAACUAAAUAAUUCGUCCAAAAUGUUCGAAUAAAUUAUGAGGUUCUUGAAACUAGACUCGACCCGCCAGUCUUGGACUCCCAUUUUAUCUUAGAAUAGCACCUCCUUCUUUAGAAUCUUGUGCUGGCAAGCUUCUUUUUUAAAGUAUGAAAACUGAACUUCUUUUAACUUUCUAGUAGUUAUUCAUAGUCUACACUCACAGGCAUUAUUUUUGUCAUUUGUCCUGGAUGAAUACAAGUUUUUUCUUUUAUCUAAUUACUACUCACUAAUGCUGGAAGUCUUGAAUUUCUCUUGUCUUUUUAUGCUGUUUUUUCUUGCUAAUUUAAAAUUGUCUUAGAAAUGUCUGUAGUGAAAUGUAUAAUAAAUUUCAAGGUCAAGGCUGUACAGGUAUGAAUAAAGUACAAUAUUGCAAGCAGCAAA